CCGGCGCGGCGAGCCCGGGCCAUGGGCAGCGUGCGCUGGGCCUUCCCCUGCGGCGCUUGGCGGCCCCGCCGCCGCGAGUGGCUGCUGGCCGCGCAGCUGGUGCAGCCCGAGGAGAAGGAGCGCAUCGGCCAGUUUGUCUUUGCCCGCGAUGCCAAAGCCGCCUUGGCUGGUCGCCUGCUGAUGCGGAAAUUAAUUGCAGAGGAGCUGUGCAUACCUUGGAAUGAAGUACACUUGCAAAGGACACCAAAAGGAAAACCUUUCCUGGCCAGUAACUUACUCAGUAUCAACUCAAAUUACAACUUCAAUGUCUCUCACCAAGGAGAUUAUGCAGUCCUUGCAGCUGAGCCUGAGCUUCAAGUUGGCAUUGAUAUUAUGAAGACUGAUUUUCCAGGUAGUAGCUCAAUUCCAAAUUUCUUUCACAUAAUGAAGCGACAGUUUACUGAAACAGAGUGGGAUGUAAUCAAGUCAAUGAGUAAUGAAUGGAUGCAGCUGGAUAUGUUUUAUCGGCACUGGGCCUUAAAAGAAAGCUUCUUAAAGGCUAUUGGAGUUGGAAUUGGCUUUAACUUGCAAAGAAUUGAAUUUAAUGUGUCUCCAUUACAACUGGAAAUAGGGAAGGUGUAUAAGGAUACAAAAAUGCUUCUGGAUGGAGAAAAAGAAGAGGAGUGGAUAUUUGAGGAAACCCGCUUGGAUAAUAAUCAUCAUGUUGCAGUGGCACUUGGGAAACAGGAGGGAUUUGUACAGAAGGAUUCUGAUGUUCAUUCCAUGGAGCCUAACCAACCACAAUUUACAUUAUUGACUUUUGAAGAUUUAGUUGCAUCUGGUAUUCCUGUCAUACCUGAGGAUUCUGCAUAUUGGGACAAUUUCUGUUCAAAGCAGGAGGGUCCAGUGAAACAGAGUUCACAUUCAAGAUAAGACUGUGUAUAAGAAAAAAAAACUUGUCAGACUUCUUAUGCUGUUAUCCUGUUUAAUUUGAAUAAGUGCACAUAAGUAAAUAAUGUAGCUUUCCCUAUAUAAGCUGACAACCCGAUUUUCAUGACACUUCAUUGGAAUUGCAAGGAAGACAUGUUUCCUUACAUGAAGGAAUUCUGAAUGAGAAGCCUAAACCAACAUGUUUUUUUGCAUCUCCUUGCCUGUGGUUCUUACACUUCAGUAGUUCUGCAGGCUAGGAACAGAAAGCAGUUGGACAAUAAUGUUGUUUAUUAGUGCACAAGUGCCUAGUAUAUAAAAAUGUGUUUCCAUACUCAUUUAUGCUGAAGCUUAAAUUAUGAUACUGCUUUUUCUCUUACAAAAAUUAUUCAUUUAUUCUCAAAUGGAUGAAUAAAAACAUGCUACAAAUUCUUAUGCUGUACAACAUUUGGUGUUUGUGUAAUGCCAGGCUGAAAAGGUCUGUUAGUUGUCUUGGAGCUACGUGUGUGCAAAAAUAGUUUGAGACAGGGAAUUAACUCACAAAUAUUUCAUAGUCUUUUCAGUUCUUAUCUUUGUUAAUUAAAACUUCCUGUACGCAACUUAGUAUUUGUCUUUUAAUAGUUCUUUUUUUUUAUUUUUCCUCAGCAAUAGAUGCAAACCAAACAACAGUACAACUUUCCUGUGCUUCCAUUUGCAUCAGUCGUGGGGGGAACCCAAAGAAAAAAAGAAGGCUAUUUACUUUUUUCCAAAUACUCUUGUAAUGUCUGAUGACAGGACAUUUUACUUAAGGUUUCUGGAGGUCUGUAGAUCUUGAAUAGACAUCUAGAAUGUUUUGUCUUCUUUUUCGAAAUACAUCCUGUUUUGUGACAUUACCUCUCACUCUUCUUUCUAGAAAUCAUAGAUAUCAUGUGGUCCAUCUAAAUUUAAGAAAACAUUCUGAACAGAAUGAUCUUUGCACAAAAAUAAUUACCUUCUCUUCUACAGUUAAACAUAGAUUUUCAUUGACUUUGGGGCUGUGUACAACUAUGCUGCACCUUGUAUUCACAAGUAUUGGAGCUCUGAACUCCAUUGAAUAAUUCUGAAUUCAAACAUGCUGCUAAACUCUCCUGCUUCCAUUUCUAUGACUCUCUCAUCCUGCAUGCUAAUCAUAGUUUUUAAUGUUUUGCUUUUUUAUCCCCUCCAAAACUGCAAAUCAGUGAAGCAAUGACUCUUCCCUCCAGUCUCCACAGGAGCUAAAUUAGAUGUUCAGUAACUUCAGAUCUGAAGUUUAAAAAAAUACAGAAUAUUUUAUAUACAAAUUCUAAGUCAUGUAUUCCAGAUUGUUUGUCUUUUAAAUGAAAUUCAACUUGCAAUAAAUAAUUUGCAAUCCACAGAGGUCCAGUAUAUGCCAAUCAGUCACUGGACCUAGCAAUUGCAGCUUUGCCAGACAGUUUGAAGUAGCCAGCUUUUUUGCUAGGACAAUGAAUCAAACUGCAAAUAUGGGAUGAACUGAAUAGAAAAAUUUCCAAUCUAGAUUUCUGGGGAUAAGAGAAUUAAUUUCAUAUUAGAGAAUAGUUAUUUUUGCAUGAAAGCAGUGUCUCAAACCAGAAAUUUUCUUUCAUUGGAAAGAGUUUUAAAAGUAUUAAUGAAAUUAUUUAUAAUAUUGUGCUUACAUGUAAGUAGAGGACAAGCCAAUUUUGUUAAAUUAGAAAAUUGUGCUUGGUUUUCUUGCAAGGAAUAUGAUAGUUUUCAAUACUGUAUCUAGUUAGAAAGAGUUUGUUUUGGUUAGUUCUCCAUGAAGUAAAAUCUUAAUUUAGAGUGGUUUAUAAAGAAUUAUUUAGAAGACUGCAGUUUCUUAUGGUGUGAUUUUUUUUUCUGUAUCUUUUAAUUUACACUGAACUAUUUGAAAAAUAAGGUUAAUCUCAUUUUUAAUUUUAAUAGCAAUAAGGUGAGGUGAUGGUAAUGCCUUUUGAAGAGCCACUUGAGUCAGGUUGUUUCAUGUCAGUGCAAAUGGACACAAUUGUUAUACUUGCUUUUACCUCAGUGGGAAAGAGCAGCUGGAUCAUUACAGAAUUUUUGGCUAAAAGCAUGUUACUAAAAGGCCAGCAGGACAUUCUGACUCCUUAUGAAUGUGAAUGAUCCUUCUUAAAGUCAGAAGUAAGUUUUUCUUACUAUAUGUGCUGUGGAGGCACAUACUGAAAUAAGUGUUGUUAGUGUGUACAAAUAAAUUAAUGUAAUUUCACAGUUCUAAGAUAAAUUUCUUCUUUAAUUCACCAUCACACUUUUUGCUGAUCAAAAGAUAAUUGAGCCUUUUCUCCACACAAGGCCACAACACUGGCUUACUUGAACUUCCACAGAAUAUUGUCCUAAUGGGCACAGAGUCCCUCUGCCAUUUGAGAACAGCUCCAGCUUCCCUUUCUAGGUCACGUUGUUGGCCCAGUCCAGGGUAGGUGAUCUGACCUUUGCUGUAUCCCAUCAUUCUUCUGUCCCAUUUACAUCUAAAAGCCUCAGGGCUUUCUGUUUCCUUCUCCAGACCUCCAUUCCUUCAUCUAUUUUGUUUCUAUAUCGUGUCCUUGGCAUAACUGUACCACAUGCCUGUGAGGGUAAGAAACUUUAAAAACACAAGCUCUGCUCUACAUGAGCCUUUUCCAGCAGUGGCUGCAGCUGGGUAGACUUUUUCCCUAUGGAACAGCAUUGACCUGUCCUCCCGUUUCUCAAAUUCUCAGAUUUUGGUCUUAGAUUAGAUCUGCUGUCCUAGGUGGCAUAUCAACAGAGUGUUUUUGAGAAGUAUUUAUUAAUAGUCUCUGCCCAAAAAAUAAAUUUUAAAAGUUUUGAUCUUCAGUGAAAAGAUUGUUAAAAGUGAAUAGAUGUGUUUUAGUUUGGACUUGUUCAAAACUUUUUGUAUCUUACAUCAAAAUUGGUCAAAUGGAUUAGGAACUUCCGGGGUAAAACUGGGUUCAAGGCAGUUAGCAACUGUGUGACAAGAGACGGGUGCCAUUUGAUGUGAAAAUCUGUAACUGAAAAUUGGAUCAUGUGAGAGUUCCCUCAGCCUUUUACAGAGUCUGUAAACGUAUACAGCAUGUAUAUUGUUACUAUCUUAUACGAUCAAGUCCACUGAUGUUAAUCAAGUAUGCUCACCUUAGACAAGGAAUCAGAGAUGCAUCAACAGAGGUAGUGUAUAUAUGGUUGUUAUAUGUGUGAUCUGGGAAACAUCCAGGCAACAGCUCGACUUUAAACAACCAUCUUUACCCAAAACACUGCAAUAAGGAGAUGAUUUGCAAAAAAGUUGAAAAGAUGGUUAUGCAAGUCAGCAUAGAGUGCCCUUUGUGGGAGCUUUACAGGAUUAUAGUGCUACAUUCUACAAAGAAGAUAAGUGUUUCUUGGCAGAAUUGAUACAAUCAUGUCUAAAACAGCAAUUGAGACUGUCAGCCUUAACUGCUGCCUAAUUCUGCAGGUGUGCUUCAUUAUCCUUCAGAUUCAGUUCAUUUUGAUUACUUUGCUCUUUGUAGAAAAUGUAAGCAUGACAAUAAAUUCUGAAUUUUCAAGAGAGACAGCAUUUGAAAUAAGGUUUGUUUUUUUUCAAAAAGUGAUUUUUUUGUAAUAUGUUAUUUUCUUGCUCUGCAUAAAAAUGCAGAUUUUUAUGGCCAGACGCUAUAUGAAUCCUGUUUCUUCUAAGAGUGGGUAUAAUUACUGCAAUAAAAUGUGGACUAUUUUGUGUU